GCUACAAACGAAGAAAACGCCAUACUGACGACGUAGCAUUGUUUCUGUCCUGAAGGCUCGCCCUAUGUCAGACUGUAGCCAUCGUUAUCUCUUUCUUGUCUUGUGUUUAACGUAAUCCAAUAGAGAAAGAAAGAACUAAAGAAGGUAAUAAACUGCUCCAAAGCUCCCGAUUAAUCUGGAGUGACGACGUGUACAGGAACUACGCGAUAAGCUGCACAUAGACCGUCAUUACGUUACAGCUGGGCAUAAACUUCCUCUCUUUUACACAUCUGACAUCUUAUUUCUGCUGGGGAUCGUUUACGCUGACAGGAUUUAUCUGUGAAGUCGAAGCUGUGAAAUGACGUCCAACCAUAGAUCUUGGACCGGCUGCCUGUCCGCCACAUCUUUGGCGGUGUUUUUGAUGCUGACAAUGAAUGCUCACGCCAGACCAGCGAAUAUGUCAUCAUUAAAAGACAAACAUCCAAGCAGCAAAGAGGAGAACGAGAUCCUUCCACCCGAUCAUCUGAACGGCGUGAAGAUGGAAAUGGACGGACACUUGAAUAAAGACUUUCAUCAGGAGGUGUUUCUGGGGAAGGAGAUGGAGGAAUUUGAGGAAGACUCGGAACCGAGAAGGAACAGGAAGAAACUUAUUGAGAUCUUCACCAAAGUGGAUAUCAAUAAAGACAAAAGUGUCAGUGCUAAAGAAAUGCAGCGCUGGAUCAUGGAGAAGACCGAGGAACAUUUUCAGGAGGCUGUUAGGGAGAACAAGCUCAGUUUCCAUGCCGUUGAUCCAGAUGGAGACGGACAUGUAACUUGGGAUGAAUACCGUGUGAAGUUUUUGGGCAGCAAGGGAUUCAAUGAGAAAGAAGUAGCUGAGAAGAUCAAGAACAAUGAAGAACUAAAACUGGAUGAAGAGACCCAAGAGGUUCUGGAGAGCUUAAAGGACCGCUGGUUUCAGGCAGAUAACCCUCCAGCUGAUCAGCUGUUGAAUGAAGAGGAGUUUCUCUCUUUCCUGCAUCCAGAGCACAGCAGAGGCAUGCUCAGAUAUAUGGUCAAGGAGAUUGUCCGAGAUCUUGACCAAGAUGGAGAUGGAAAGUUGACUCUUGCUGAGUUCAUCUCCCUCCCCAUGGGAACUGUGGAGAAUCAGCAAGCUCAGGACAUCGAUGAUGACUGGGUUCGUGAAAGGAAGAAGGAGUUUGAAGAAGUCAUUGAUGCUAACCACGAUUCGAUUGUAACCAUGGAAGAGUUGGAGGAAUACAUGGACCCCAUGAAUGAGUACAAUGCCUUGAAUGAGGCCAAGCAAAUGAUUGCUGUGGCAGAUGAGAAUCAAAACCAUAACCUGGAAUUAGAAGAGAUCCUUAAAUACAGCGAGUACUUCACUGGCAGCAAACUUAUGGACUAUGCCCGCAACGUACACGAGGAGUUCUAAGACAGAAUCCUCACUUCAAAAUGGUUACAUUUAUGUAUAUAUCUCUAAAGGCUACGCUAAGGCUUGUACAAAGUGUCUAAAGAAUAAUGUUAGUAUUUGCUUGUUUACAGGUGCAUUUGGGCGUGUUUGUAACUUUACAAACCUGCAAGCCAGAAACUCUUUUUUUGAAGUAUGACACAUUAUUCUGCCUUCAUAUUAUCAUCGCUGCUCUUAUGAGGUGUCAUUUUGAAAUUCUACAUGAGCCUGCACUUAUUAGUUUUAGACACGAUCGUGUUCAUGAAUUCAUGAAGUUUUGUGUUAUAAUUAAAAGAAAUGUAUGUAUAUGUGGUCAGUAAGAGAGGGUUUUCCAUGUGGAAAAUGAAUUAAUGUAAAUAUAAUAGAUAUUUGGAGUGCCAUAAUAUAUAAAUGUAUUGACUUUUCUGGUGGGCUCUGACAGCUUUCUGGCCGGAGAAAUUAUUUAAUGAAACCAAUCCAGUCGGACAGCUGUCAGUAUAUUAGAGACUUAUUCACUGAUGCUUUUUCUUCACAUAAGGUUAUUCAAAGUGAAGAUAAAAAUAAUUAAGAGAAUUUAAGUGCAUUAAAAGGCGACUGCAUCAUUUGGGACUGUCAUUACCCUUUUUAAGUCAAUAUGAAAAUAGAAGGACAGUUUUAUGUAAUUUGUUGGUUUGGGGAAAAAAAUAUAUAAUAAAAUACAUUUGUAAGUUCUA